AUGCAGCUCGACCACAGCUUUCGCAACAUCUACUCGCGGGUAUACCGCAUCAUGGGUAAGGAGAAGAAGCAAGACACAAAACGGAUCGAGAUUUCAGCACCAUUCAAUUUCCAGCAUGUCAACGCCACACUAGCCGGUAUCAGCCCUGAGCAGGUCUCCGUCUUGAGGGAACAAGCAGCCGCCAGCCGCAUCGGCAUCGCGGACCCAGACCCGACAGAACUCGGCUACGCCCACGACGAAGGGUUCGACUCGGACGCCAGCUCGUCCUACUCCCCUCGCUACCGGUCAUCCUCCGCCGCCGCCCUGGCCCGCACCUCGAUGCUUCCCGAGUUGGAAGACUACGCCUACUACUACAACCGCCGGAGGGCGACCUCCGUUUCCUCCCCGAGGCGGUACACGAGGGGUCCCGGGUCGGUCUCCUCUACGUCGUCUAGGCGGUCCACCGUGUCGCGCCAGUCGGGCCCCGGGAUGACCAGCAAGGCGCAGGCCAGGCGCGAGGUCGAGGUCGUGAACCCGCCGCACACGGCCACCGCCAAGUAA